AUGGCACCACACGUAUCGGUGGUUGAUCUUGUGCGAGAACAGGCACACGACCAGCUUCGAGUUGCACGGAUAUGCGGCAUUGUAGCUCUUGUGGACCCGAGACAACCCACGGACUACGGCAAAGAGCCCGAGCACUACUGCCCUAAAGUCAUCAUCUUUGCCAUUACCUUCUUGAUCAUUUGGGACAAAGAGAUUCUGAUGUGCAACAUGGGCUCGUCAUUGGAUCAUCGGACCCACUUUGGCUACGAAAACGUCUCGAAGGCAAUCGCGCCUUAG